AGCUGCAGCAGCGACACCUCCCGCCGCCUCCCGGAGCCCAGCUGCACCGCAGGGACCUGCCCGCGGGGAAGCCGGCAAGGGGGAGGAGGCAGCGGCACAAACUGACGUGUCUCCGUCAUGGAGCUUAGCGUGAUUCAUCAACAGCAGCAGCGCGCCCGGGGCAGGAUGCUGCGCACCGUCCCCGCUUAGAGCCGGGCGAGGGGCGACACCCGCCCUGCCCUGCAGUCCGCAACCGCGUCUCCUUGCCGCGCCGUGCAGCGUCCCUGGGGGAGCCAAGAUGGAAGAAAUCCUGAGGAAGCUGCAGAAGGAAGCGUCGGGGAACAAAUACAAAGCGAUCAAUGAGAGCUGCGGCUGGGCCAUUGAAACUUUGGAAUCUUCUGAUGCUGCUACCAAGAUCCCUCCAUAUCAGCUGAGGGAGAAGUGUCUCCUCCCACUGCAGCUGGCUUUGGAAUCAAAGAACGUGAAGUUGGCCCAACAUGCUCUAGCAGGGAUGCAGAAGCUGCUGUCUGAUGAGAGAUUUGUAUCCGUGGAAACCGGCUCAGAUGAGAAGCAGCUACUAAAUCAGAUGCUGAAUGCCGUCAAAGUGACUCCUUCCCUGAACGAAGACCUGCAGGUAGAAGUGAUGAAGGUUUUGCUCUGUAUCACGUACACCUCCACAUUUGACCUGAAUGGAAGUUCAGUGCUAAAGAUUGCUGAGCUGUGUUUUGCAUGUCACAAAGCUGGAAGCCCCCAAAUGCAUGAAAUGAUCAAAGUGUCCAUUGCACACCUCUUCAGUGCCCUGUGCUCUCGCAUUUUUACUGGUGCAGCCCCACCAAUGACAUUUCACAAGGUUUGCAUUGAGACAUAUGUAUCUAGCUGUCACCAGCGGAGUAUUAACACCGCUGUGCGGGCAACCCUCAGCCAAAUGUUGAGUGACUUGACUUUACAGUUACGGCAAAAGCAAGAGAAUACGACAACUGAAAACCAUGAAGCCAUGCAAGAGUUCAAGAGCCAAGGUUCUACAGUAGAGUCCCUUUGCGACGAUGUUGUGUCUGUCCUCACUGUGCUCUGUGAGAAGCUUCAGGCUGUCAUAAAUGAAAAUCAGCAACUGCAGCUUCUCUACCUGGAAUGUAUUCUCUCAAUGCUAAAUAGUUCCUCUCCCGGCAUGCACAACCACAGAGGAUUCACUGACCUUAUUUGGAAGCAAUUGUGUCCAGCCCUUGUAGUAAUCCUGGGAAAUCCAAUCCAUGACAAAACAAUCACCUCUGCCCACAGUAGCAUCUGUCUCGAGGCCGAUUCGCCCUCCUCAGGGGUCGCUGAUCAUGGCCGAGGGUCAGGUUGCUCCUCCACAGCACCUGCCCUCAGUGGCCCCGUUGCUCGGACCAUAUAUUACAUUGCAGCGGAACUGGUUCGACUGGUGGGGUCAGUAGAAUCCAUGAAACCUGUGCUCCAGUCACUCUAUCACCGUAUGCUGCUGUAUCCCCCACCCCAGCACCGAGUGGAAGCCAUCAAAAUCAUGAAAGAGAUACUAGGUAGUCCACGACGGCUCUGUGAUUUGGCAGGACCCUGCUCGUCUGAACCAGAAUCCAGAAAGAGGUCAAUCUCGAAAAGGAAGUCCCAUCUGGAUCUUCUCAAACUUAUCAUGGAUGGGAUGACUGAAGCUUGCAUAAAAGGUGGUAUUGAAGCAUGUUAUGCCUCCGUUUCUUGUGUCUGUGCCCUGCUUGGGGCAUUAGAUGAACUAAGCCAAGGGAAAGGCCUUAAUGAGGAACAGGUCCACCUGCUUCUACGACGCCUGGAAGAAUUGAGGGAUGGGGCUGAGACAAGCCGAGACUCCAUGGAGAUCAACGAUGCUGACUUUAGGUGGCAGAGGCGCAUCCUGUCAUCGGAACAUACCCCCUGGGAAUCGAGAAAUGAGAAAAGUCCUGACAUUAGCAUUAGUGUUACCACAGAUACUGGUCAAACCACUUUGGAGGGCGAUAUGGGGCAGACUACUCCGGAGGAUAAUCCUGAAGAUCAAAAAAACUCUCUGCAGUCUCCAGCUGGCCAAGACUUUAAAGAGAUUGGCUGUAAAGAGCCAGAAUCAGAAACAAUAGAGCAGCCAGAUGUGGUUCAAAGGAGUCACACCAUCGUUUAUCCAGAUAUAACUAAUUUCCUGUCGGUUGAUUGCAGGACACGGUCCUAUGGAUCCAGAUAUAGUGAAAGUAACUUCAGCGUUGAUGAACAAGAUCUUUCUAGGACUGAAUUUGACUCAUGUGAUCAAUAUUCCAUGGCAGCAGAGAAAGACUCUGGGAGGUCAGAUGUCUCAGACAUAGGGUCUGAUAACUGUUCCCUGGCUGAUGAAGAGCAGACCCCAAGGGACUGUCCAGGUCAUAGGUCCUUGCGUACUGCUGCUCUCUCUUUGAAAUUAUUGAAGAACCAAGAAGCAGACCAGCACAGUGCCCAGCUGUUUGUACAGUCCCUUGAAGCUCUUCUUCCUCGACUUAUAACACUCCAUAGUGUAGAAGAGGUGGAUUCAGCGCUCCAGAAGUUUUCCUCGACCUUCUGCUCAGAUAUGAUGUUCUCACCAGGAUUUGAGGGGAACCCCAAUUUCAGCUUCCAGACUCUGAUGAAUGCAGACAGUAUCUACAUGGUCUCACACUACACCCUUCUGCUCAACCUGAAGUUAUCCAACUCUGACUACUACAGGAAGAAACCUUCCCAAGCACCUGUGUUGCAGAAGGAGUUUAUGAAGCAGGUUCAGGCCAGUGGAGUAUUGAUGGUGUUCUCUCAGGCAUGGGUUGAGGAGCUCUACCAUCAGGUACUGGAAAGGAACAUCCUGGGAGAGGCUGGUUACUGGGGAAGCCCUGAGGAGCACCGUCUUCCGCUCAUCACCAUGUUGACCGACAUUGAUGGCUUGGGGAGCAGUGCUAUAGGUGGGCAGCUGAUGGCAUCUGCAUCAUCACAAUCUCCUCUCACCCAGAACCAGAAGACCGAUGAUUCUGUUGUGGCAGGUGUUGCUUUUGCCCGAUACCUUCUGAUCGGUUGCUGGAAGAAUUUGAUUGAUACCUUAUCCACACCUUUGACUGGUCGAAUGGCAGGAAGCUCCAAAGGGUUAGCAUUCAUCCUGGGAGCUGAAGGAGUCAAGGAGCAGAACCAGAAGGAGAAAGAUUCCAUUUGUAUGAGCCUGGAUGGACUGAGGAAGGCAGCCCGGCUGAGCUGUGCUCUAGGGGUUGCUGCUAAUUGUGCAUCUGCCCUUGCCCAAAUGGCUGCUGCCUCCUGUGUUCAAGAAGAGAAGGAGGAAAGAGACGCCCAAGAGCCCAGUGAUGCUAUAACUCAAGUGAAACAGAAAGUGGAGCAGAAGCUGGAGCAGAUGGGGAAAGUGCAGGGAGUCUGCCUGCACCCUGCUCAUGUUUUGUGCAUGGAUGCCAUCCUCAAUGUGGGCCUGGAAAUGGGAAGCCACAAUCAAGACUGUUGGCCGCAUGUGUUCAGGGUGUGUGAAUACAUCAGCACUCUGGAGCACACCCAUUUCAGCGAUGGCGCAUCUCAGCCCCCUCUCACUAUAACCCAAUCGCAGCAGGUCACAGGAGGGUUGCAGGUGGAUUAUCCGUCUGCAAACUCUCCCCAGGAACUGACCCCUGAGCAGGAAACCACCCUGAGCAACAAUCCCGUCAUCCAGCCCGUCACCAUCCAGGACCUCAUCAAGGAGGGCAGCAAGGGCAGAGCUUUCGACUUUCGUGGAGGCAGCCUGCUAAGUGGAAGCAAUGCUGCCAAGGCUGUCCUCAUCCUCUCCACGCAGGCUGACAGGCUAUUUGAAGAUGCUGCUCACAAGCUAAACCUGAUGGCACUGGGUGGCUUCCUAUACCAGCUCAAAAAAGCUUCUCAGUCCCAGCUCUUCUACUCAGUCACAGAUACAGUUGAUUACUCCUUAGCAAUGCCAGGUGAAGUAAAGUCUACCCAGGACAGGAGAAGCGCACUCCAUUUGUUUCGUCUUGGGGAUGCCAUGCUCAGGAUUGUACGGAGUAAAUCCCGCCCAUUGCUCCACCUCAUGCGCUGCUGGAGUCUGGUGGCACCUCAUCUUGUAGAGGCUGCCUGUCAUAAGGAGAGACAUGUUUCUCGGAAGGCUGUCUCCUUCAUCCAUGAUAUCCUCACCGAGGUGCUGACAGACUGGAAUGAGCCCCCUCAUUUUCACUUCAGUGAGGCGCUGUUCCGCCCCUUUGAGCGCAUCAUGCAGCUGGAGCUGUGUGAUGAGGAUGUCCAGGACCAGGUGAUCACGUCUAUCGGGGAGCUGGUGGAGGUGUGUUCCAUUCAGAUCCAGUCUGGGUGGAGGCCCUUGUUCAGUGCACUGGAAACAGUGCACAGCAGUAGCAAGUCAGAGCUUAAGGAGUACCUUGUUGGAGAGUAUUCUAUGGGGAAAUGCCAGGCUCCAGUUUUUGACGUUUUUGAAGCAUUUCUCAACACAGACAACAUCCAGGUCUUUGCCAAUGCCGCCACUAGUUACAUUAUGUGCCUUAUGAAGUUUGUCAAAGGACUGGGAGAAGUGGAUUGUAAGGAGAUUGGUGAUUGUGUGUCAGGAUCUAUGUCUACAGACUUGUGCCUUCCUGCUCUUGAUUACCUCAGGAGGUGUUCUCAGUUGCUAGCCAAAAUCUACAAAAUGCCCUUGAAGCCAAUUUUCCUCAGUGUCCGGCUGGCCAACUUGCCCCGAAGAGUGCAGGAGCAAUCAGCCAGCAGUGAGGAUGGGAUUGAGUGUGUCCUUUCUGACUUUGAGGAUGACUCUGGCCUUAUCAAUGUCUGGAUCAUUCUGCUGGAAGAAUUAACUACUGCCAUAUCCAACUGUCCCCGCCAGCACCAGCCACCCACCCUGGAUUUACUCUUUGAGCUGCUGAGAGAUGUUGCCAAAAUUCCUGGCCCAGGAUUUGGCAUUUAUGCAGUUGUACAUCUUCUACUCCCCACAAUGUCCCUCUGGCUCCAUCGUAGCCAUGGUGACCAUUCUUACUGGGAUGUGGCAUCUGCUAAUUUCAAGCAUGCCAUUGGCCUUUCCUGUGAACUGGUAGUGGAGCACAUUCAAAGUUUCAUUCAUUCAGACAUUGGCUACGAGAAUAUGAUUAAUACAAUGCUAAAAGAUCUCUUCAAGUUGUUGGUAGCCUGUGUGGCAGAGCCUACAGAAACAAUCUCCAGAGUUGGCUGCUCAUGUAUCAGGUAUGUCCUGGUGACAGCAGGGCCCGUUUUUACUGAAGAGAUGUGGAGGCUUGCAUGCUGUGCAUUACAGGACGCGUUCUCUGCGACUCUUGAGCCAGUAAAGAACCUAUUGGGCUAUUUCCACAGUGGUUCUGAAAGCUUUAGUGGCGAUGCCUGUGAAGUGAAGGUGGCGGCCCCAUCUCUCUCUCCCAGUGCUGAAGCUGAGUACUGGAGAAUCCGAGCCAUGGCGCAACAGGUUUUCAUGUUAGACACCCAGUGCUCACCAAAGACCCCCAACAACAAGGAGGGAUUUGAACAUGCUCAGUCCUGUGUGCUUAUCAUUGAGCUGCCUGCUGACAAGAAACACAACGGGCAUACCCAGAAAAGUAUCCCUUUCAGGACAAUAGUGGUGAGUCUGUUGUCUCAUCAAGUGCUGCUCCAGAAUUUAUAUGAUAUCUUGCUGGAAGAGUUUGUGAAGGGCCCCUCUCACGUGGAAGAGAAGACAGUACAAAUGCCAGAAACCAAACUGGCUGGUUUCCUCAGGUACAUUUCCAUGCAGAAUUUGGCUGUCAUCUUUGACUUACUGCUGGAUUCUUAUCGGACAGCCAGAGAGUUUGACACCAGACCUGGGUUGAAGUGCUUGCUGAAAAAAGUGUCUGGCAUUUGUGGAGCUGCCAACUUGUAUCGCCAGUCGGCAAUGAGCUUCAACAUUUACUUCCAUGCCUUGGUCUGUGCUAUACUGACAAACCAGGAGAACAUCACCGCAGAGCAGGUGAAGAAGAUCCUAUUUGAGGAUGAUGAAAGAAGCACAGAUUCCUCCCAGCAGUGCUCUUCAGAAGAUGAAGACAUUUUUGAAGAAACUGCCCAAGUCAGCCCCCCAAGGGGGAAGGAGAAAAGACAGUGGAGGGCUAGAAUACCAUCUUUGAGUGUUCAGCCAGUGAGCAAUGCAAACUGGGUUUGGUUAAUCAAAAGGCUUCACAAGCUAUGCAUGGAACUCUGCAACAACUAUAUCCAAAUGCAUCUGGAUUUGGAGAAUAAUGUGGAGGAACCUCCAGUUUUCAAAGGCGACCCUUUUUUCAUCCUACCAUCCUUUCAAUCUGAAACCUCCACCCCAUCAACCGGAGGGCAGUCUGGAAAAGAGACACCCUCAGAAGAUGACAGAAGUCAAAGUAGGGACCACUUGAUAGACAAUCUAACACCCAAGGGAGGGAGCGGAGAAAUGCUGCUGCUACCACCAUUGAGCCCUAAAAUGGAGAAAAAAGACCAAGCCAGGAAAAAAGAAUGGUGGGAGAGCGCUGGCAACAAAAUCUACACCAUAGCCACUGAUAAAACUAUCUCCAAACUCAUGACGGAGUAUAAGAAAAGGAAGCAGCAACAAAACUUGACCUCUUUCACCAAAGAUGUCAAAGUGGAAAAGAAGGGAGAGUUGUUGGGCUCAAGAGGGCAAGAUUCACCACUCCCCCAGCGACCGCAACAUCUGGUGGACCAGGGCCAAAUGAGGCAUUCCUUCAGUGCCGGCCCAGAGAUCUUGAGGCAAGAGAAGAGGUCGCGCUCAGGAUCUACAGUCAGCUCCUUGAACAUAUCUGUGCGAGAUGCAGAGGCACAAAUACAGGCAUGGACCAACAUGGUGCUGACAGUUCUCAACCAGAUACAGACCCUGCCUGACCAAACAUUCACAGCCCUCCAGCCAGCUGUGUUCCCCUGCAUCAGUCAGUUGACUUGUCACGUGACCGAUAUCCGUGUCCGUCAGGCUGUGAGAGAAUGGCUUGGAAGAGUGGGAAGGAUCUAUGAUAUCAUUGUAUAAAGGAAACAUGUUUCAUUAGCAAGGGGAGAAGGAAUCAAUGGCUUUUACAGGUAUACAAACAUAAUGCUGUUACUGAAAGUAACUGGUACGGAGCUACACAUGCAAUGCCUAUUCGUGGUGAUAAAUUCUGAAACCGCUAGCUCUCCAACAUGUCCUCUGCCCACUUAAGAUGGUAUGUUUGUCAUUCUCACCCCAACAAAAGAAGUGCCACACUUCACAUUAAGUAGCAUAACAUAAAAGCAAGAGAUGAAUCUGAAAAUUGCUGGUAAAUCAGGCUGGUACAUAAAGGCUCAGUAAAUUUCAUAGUGUGUAUUUUCAGCUGUGAAAGUUAGAUUGUGUAUGAAUGCACUUCUGCAGUGAGGAAAGGAGAAGAAAUAGUCAAAAUCUCCCUAGCUGCAGUUGGGAUGAAAGCAACUGUUCACCUAACAGGUCUCUCAGAUGAUACCUAUAAUUCCCAAGAUUUAGGACCAAAAGUAUCAGCCUAGCCUUACCUGGUCUCCAUUUUUUUGAACAUGUAAUAUUGUGAACCCCACUAAUUGAAUCCUCUGAACCUUCAAUAAUGGGUGGAUACAACUCUCACUUAGAUGUCUAAGUACAGGAGUUGAUUGUGCUUCAAAACCCAGCAUGUAGACAACUGAAUCACCUCACUCACACACACCUAGAUAACUGAAUAAUUGUGAGGAAAAAGCUGAGGGCAUAACAAGUGAAGGCAGUGGGGAGUGGUUGUUUGUUUGUGGUACUCUUUUAAAUUUUCCACAUGAAACUAAAAUGCAUCUGGGAAAAAAGUCACCAUAAAGCUCACAAAAAAAAAAAAAAAAAAUUGGCCUCACUGCUUACUAGUCAUUAAAAUUUAUAUUCUAUGCAGAAGCUUUAAGCCUGGGGUGUUGUGUGGCUGUUUUCUGUUGCACCUCAGGAAGAUCCCAGCUGUAAACCAGUCACAGGAGACUCACCUCUGGGCAGGAGAGGUUGCUGUAGCAUAGCUUUGGGGUAGUAGGUCCUUAUAUGGGGCAUGGCUUGAAGAAAGGUGGAAUUGCCAGGGCUCCUCUUCAUCCUACUGUCAGCCACAUAUACAACAAAACCCUCUCCGCUAAUCCACAGUGCAGAUACUAUUACAUUCAUUCCACAUCCAUAACUCUCACUGUGGCAGUUCUUUUGUGACGCUAGUGAAGAAUAUGCACUAGUAAGCUAAAUUGCAGCCUGGCCCAGAGAAUUGUGGCAAACACCUAGCAUUUAACCAAACACAAUGGAACUAUACUAUACAUCGGCGUCUUAUACAUAGAAUUGGCUUUAUGUUUUCACAGGAGAAGGUAUUCUCAUGUGUACAGCCUGUCUGCUGUAGCUCUGAGGAUCCCCACUAAUUGCAGCUAUAUUUACCCCCACUGCCAGUACCACUUGUUCAUAUGAGUCAAAUUGGACAAGAUUGGGCAGUGCUACUCUUCAGUUGGCCAGAGGAGGCCUGUGGUGGACUGAGUUCCCUGCUCCCUCAUGCUUCUAGCUUAUGCAGAGUUGACCAGUGGGCAGUCUGUGCAUGUAUCGGUGUGAAACAAACAAAAACAAUCUUCCUUUCAAAAGAUGAACCUCAGCCAACAAGAAAAUGCUCAUUCUGCAAGGAAUUCCAUGCGAAUGGUACACCUUUUAAAUCUGUAGAAUACCAUGUGGAUGCAGGGUUUCUCCUGUGCUGAUCUCCUUACAGGAUUGGGGCCUCAGUUUUUGAUAGAAUCUCAGUGCUUUGGGAUACUCUGGGGGAAGAAAAGACUUAAAACAGCCAGGAUAUUUCCAGUAAGUUUGAAGGGCUGGCUGAUGAAUAAGCAGCGUAGGUGUAAUGGAGGGUCAUCUCGGUGUGUGGAAUCUUAACACGGUCCCUCUGACAGAUAGACAAUGUCCACUUGGUGCUCCCUUAAUAAGUGACCCCGAGGUUGAUCAUACUUUUGGUUAUUCCUCUAUUGUACUUAUAGAGAUUAACAACUUUACAUAAAUGUACCUCUACACCUUAAGCCUCUAUGGGUAUGUCUAUACAGCCCACGGCAGCAAGUCUCAGAGCCCGGUUUGACACUUAGGCUAUGCUAUGGUGCUCAGAACCCAAGCAGCUACUCGUCAAUUUUAGCACUGUAGCAUGAGCUGGGCAGUUUAGCUCUCUAGUGCAUAUUUGCUGUGUAACAUCUGUUGCCGCAAGAGUUUCACCCAUUCACACCAGACCUGACAUGGGCCCAUACAUACAUUGUAUUUAGGGUUGCCAACCCUCCAGGAUUAGCCUGGAGUCUCUCAGAAUCUACAUCAAUCUCCCGGUGACUACUGAAAGCAAUCCAGGAGAUUUUAAUAGGCUAGUUUAAGAAAAUGACAUUACGUCAUGUUGGGGGAUAAAAUCUCCCGGAAUACCUUCAGUCAGCAUUGGCAACCCUCGCUGUAUUGCUUAAAUGUGCAGUUUCAACAGCUGUCUAAAAGGCACAUCUAUCUAAUUGCCAAAAAAAGUUGAGGGAGUUUAUCUGAUGUGUGUUAAAUUUUGUGCAUGCACCUUUACCCAGCACACUACAAUUGAGCUAAUACAUUCUGUGGUGUCAGCUCUCAUAUACCAGGCUGGAAGAGGUGGGGCUUUUUUUCCUUCCCUUGACAGCAUAGUGGGAAAUUAAGGUCAAAAUAUAUGAUUAAGUUAAAUUAGUGAUCUGAAAUUAACAGAAGAAAAGAACUUAAAAUCAGCUUCACGAGCCAUGUAAGAAUUGCAGCAUCUUCUGUACAACUUGACUCUUAAUGGCAGCUAAGGCUGCACCGUCCCCCUGCCCUGCUCCAAUCUGGCUGCAAUAUGUGGGCACAGUGGCAGCAUCCCUAUGGAUGCAAUCUUAGGGCAAUAUUCUUUCCUCUGAACUUGUUCCUGUGCAUUGCUCAGGCAGCAUGAAGGAGGCAGAACGUGACCAUAGCUUGCUCGCUGCGCAUUCCCUGACGGAGGAUCUCGAAACGAGAACAAGUGACUUCUGCUCUAACCACUCUCCCCCCCCGGAUAGAGCAAGUUAUGUGCUGGCAUGUGGUUCCCCAGCAUCCUCUCACCUCACACUGGGGCAGACGGGCACACAUAAGGAGCUGUCACUGGUUCCCACCAUCCCCACGACUACAGUGGGGCAGGAAAGGGUUUGCCCACCAAGGGCUGGCUCUAGGUUUUUUGCCAAGCAAAACAUUUUUGGCUGCCCCCCCACCCCAGCCCUGGGCUCUCUCCCCCCACCCCCACCCACACCCCCUGCAGCCCCAGCUCUGGGCUCCCUCAUUGCCCCCCACACCCACCUCCUGCCGCCCCAGCCCUGGGCUCUCUCCCCUCCCCACCUGCACCCUCCUUCCGCCGCAGCCCAGGGUCACUGGUAACUCGCUCCCACGGCAGGUCAUUCAGCAGGAAUUUUAGAUGUGCACAGAACACAGACAGCAUUGGUUCCCCUGUGGUUACAAAAGUGCAGUAAAGUGGAACAAUUUUCAGCUUGUGUGAUUGGAGGAUAUCUGGAUACAUAUUAUAAGACUGUCCUAAAUAAAUGAGGAAAAGUU